CCUAUACAGCCCAUUUUCCAGUAGGACGUCAAUGGCUGAAGAGAACUGUACACUGGCAUAAAAUAUGUCAGGACUCUCAGAAACAGAGCGCGCUGGCUGUUCAGUGAUACUAAAGCUCAUGUCCAAAGCCGACUUGUAUUCACUUAGUGACACUGUCACGAAUAGGAUGGUAGUUGUGGAAAACAGCACAGAGGCUAUGGAAACCAUUCUGUCUUUCAGUAAAAGUGCUGAGGAAUUUCUGAAAAGGAAGAAGGUUCAUCGUGACCUAAUUUUUAAGCAUCUGGCCAAAGAGGGUGUGGUGAUGUCCCCCAACAGUGAGAAACACCAGUUAGUGAAGAGGACACUGGAGCUUUGGUCGUCAGGGAAGGCUGCGGUUAAUAAAGCAGAGACGGAUAACACCAGGGAUAAAACCUCGGACUUGCAGGAUGAGGUGGGCUUUGACCCACAGGUCCUCGGCCAGCAGUUCUGUCGCUGGCUCUUCCCGAUCCUCAACAGUCAGAACGCCUCACUAGGCCAGCAACCUCAAGACUGGGGACCGCAACACUUCUGGCCAGAUGUGAAGCUACGUCUCCUCUCCAGAGCUGGCAGUGAACAGAUGGAGGAGUUCAAUGGGGCUGAACUGGUAAGCCUUCGUCUCCUAGCCUUGACCAGGGAUGAACAACUCCUACUCAGCCCUAACCUGGAGUCCCAUGGCCUCAGGACCCUUGUUUCCCCUCAUGGCUUGGUGCUGGUGGCCGUGGCUGGGACUAUCCAUAGAGAUGCAAUAUGCCUGGGAAUAUUUGAGCAAAUCUUUGGCCUUAUCCGAUCGCCACUGGAAAAUAACACCUGGAAGAUCAAGUUUGUCAACCUGAAGAUCAGAGGACAGGAUGCUCUGGGUGGGACAGAGGUGGAAGCACCUUCAUUGACUUACAACUCCAGUGAACUGCGAUUCCUCUGCAGCUGAUGACAGUCACACUCAUUACUCAAUACUAAAUUCCCCAAAAUCCAUUUUUCCACAGGCUGGGUUGAGCUACUAGCAAAGAACUAUUUUCUUACUGACAAUUAGCAGUCAGGACAGGUUGUACAGGUAGGUGGACACUGUUGCAUUGAAAUCGACAUAAGAGGUUUAUUGGUGUCUUCAGCAGCUGCAGCGUCUUGUGGUGGAAUCAUUUGUCUUGCUUUCUUGUGUUGUGAUGCAAAGCUAUUGUGCUUUGUUGGCCUGUGCCUUUUGUAAGAUAAAAUAUAAAUACAGACAUGCUCUUGUAAAUAAGUACCAUAUUAAAUACAAAUAUUAUAUAAA